AUGGAUAUAAAAGUGGUGGAUGACGAAAUUAUGCUAUCGGAUGGGAGGGUAAUUAGAAUGCCCGUUAAACAAACAGAGGAAAAAGAAAAGGAAAAGAGCAAAGGGAAAAUAAAGGUAGACAAAGUACCAAACGUUUGGGGAAGCAGUGCAGGCGCAGGAAGUGACUACUUUGAUCUUUACCGAAAACAGAGAAAUGAAGAAAAUGAAAGAAUCGAAUUGAUGGAAAAAAGGUGGAAAGAAUAUACACAGAAUCAAAUAUUUCAAAGUAAGAGGAAGGAAAAAAUUGAAUAUAUAGAAAAGAAAAGUUUAAAAAAAAAAAGAAAAAGACAAAUGAAGAAGGAAAAAAUUAGGGAGAUGCGAAAUAGUAAGAAGGGUAAAGUUCAAGGGGAAAAUCAAGAGAUAACGGAACAGAUAACUAACCAGACAAGGGAAGAUCCUUCUCCUCGUGACUGUGAUAUUUCCAAAAAUGUGAAUCAAGCAGUCUCCUCCCAGAAAAAAUAUCAGAACCGUUCAUCUACGUCUGGUGAGGACGAGAUGGUCAAAUCUGAUAAGGAAGAAUCCGAAGAGGACAAGUCUGAUAAGAUGGGGACCGCACACCCCGUAGACACAGACACCUUUCUCGUGGUUAAGGAGGGAGAGGAAGAAUUAUUCUAG